AUGAGUCUCAACCGAUUCCAGCUCUUAAUGACUGGCGCCGGAUUAUUCCUCAUUAUUAUGAGCAUUGCCAGUGCCGUGCAGGAAUUUGGGUUACCAAAGACCGUAAACUUGUUUGAUGGAAAAACGGAUCGAUGUAGCACCGACAUAGUCUCGUUGCCUCAUUUAGCUCCGAUAGCGAGCAGCGCUAUCACAACAAAGCAGCGAGGACAAGGAACAAUUGACGAAACAUCGACAAUGACUGUAAAUAUCGCCCCUCCGUCUAUUGUCAACGUCACGACCUCCUCUUCGGUUUGUGUCCCGUCGUCAGUGCAGGAAAAGAUUAGCCGACAAAAGAGCGAAGAGAGUAUUGGAGCCCUGGAGUCUGCAGUCAAUACAAAAGUUGUAGAAGAAACAUUUGCAAGUAGCAGCAACAUAAAUAACAAGCUGGACGUGCUUCACUGCGGCACAGUUAUUGACAUUCAGGGCACAAAGGGAUUUAUCAUUCCGCACGAUUUGUGCGUAGACGCCACGGCAGCAUUCGAGACUGCUUGCAGCGACGCAGCGAAACAAAAUCGAUUACAGGACACGCACAAGAUGCCACUUGUCAUUCCGUUUAACUUAGAUGCAGAAGAGGAAGCUUUGUGUCAGGGAAUUGCAGUCGGUAAAACUGUGGAGUUUGCGUACGUUGAGUCUGUCACAAACAAUAAGACUACUGGAACGCUAAUAGCUUCGAAAGUCACUCCAGUGCCCAAGGAUCACGGCAUUGUCAAAAGCCGCUCAGCCCUUCAGUCUUGCAAGCAGGCACGCGAAGUAUCGUUUGCGCGAGCGAUGGAGGAGCUGACAAUGAUUUCACCUCGAAACGUACCAGUCAAGCAUCACGUCGACCUCAUAAAGUACGCCGAAAAACUUGACGACCACGAUGGCCCAUUCGACCAGUGCAUUUAG